AACAAACAGUUGUUGGACUUCAACAAGCUAGCGAAUGGUAACGCUGGGACAAAAACAGGUUCAGCGUACUUCUCCCGGAUAGAGAGACAACUGCGAGAGCUGUGCGGUGGGAACAUUUUGUUAUAAUCUCAUAACAGUUAGCGUUAACAGUACCGGCAGGUUGUAGCUUCGGUACGGUUCGGGAGCGUUAACGUUAGCCACCGAGACAUGCUCAUUGCUCGGAGUGUGACGCCUGUUUUUUUUCUGGCUGCCGCCUGUCGUUUGUGAUGUGAGCCGAGUUGCAGCACAACAGAGGGUGAGACAAGAGCCACAGCCGGAAAAAUAUUUCUCUUGACACAGGAGAAUGGACUUUGUCGGGGAGAAACAGUUGGGCUCACUUAAAGAAGCGGGCAUGCGACCGUUGACAGGCCUGGACGUCAUUGUUGGGCAACAACUUUAGCAAGCUAGCUAACAUUAGCUCGCUCAAAUUCAUGCAAAUGAAUCGGUUAGCUGUCGGGCAGUAAGCUCACUUUGCUAGCGUAAUGGAGGCACCCUGAGUGGCUUGUUCGUUUCAAUUGACUGCCCUAGUCCUCUUAAAUAGUGCUGGCAAUGUGUUGACGACUGGUGAGCAUUUCGUCGGUUCCCUCUCGGAGCUACAGGACACGGUUGGCAGAAAUUAUUAGGUGGUGGUUGCCUGCCCGCGUGAUAGUUGAGCAAAGUUGCCUGGUUUGGCAGAUAAAUAAUAGCUGAAACAGUAUGUACUUCACAUAUUACUUGUAUUGAUAUUUGUGUGAAACUGCACUUUAAAUAGCUAAUUUUAAGGAUGCACCAAAGUCACCUGUGAUUUGAGGUUUGUGAAAACUACAAAUCGCCCCAGUUACAACAAACUAGUUAGAUAAAGGUAUAUUUCUGACUGCACUUGAAUAUAAUUUGAUCAGAUAGGGACUAAGAUAGGUGCACAUUUAUUGUUAUCAGACAAAGGACAGAGACAGGCUUAUCCAUGUCAGUUGGUUCCUAGUUACUGUUUAACCCAAUAUUAUCUAGGCUGUCUGGCACAGUUGAAGACUGAGUUCCACUGGAAAUGAAAACAUGAAUAUCGAAGAGCAGCGUUUAGAUUUGUGCAAUGUCAAGACAAAAAGUAAUGUAGACGAUGAUCACAACACUACCAACAACACAGAAGGGGUCACGCCCCGGAUCUCUGAACUGAUGACGGACAGCACCACAGAGAAACAAAACAUUGUUCCCACAGAGGCCUCUGAAACGCACCUGAUGCCUCAGCUCACUGAGAACCUUCAGACAGCCGAGGAGGACAACCACCAGGCACAAGUCACACUGGAAAUUGAUGAGGUCAAUGGAAAUAGAAAGAGCAGUGCUCAAGACACCCCUGCGGUUGUGAAUCCCACAGACUUGAUACUUUCUAAUGAUGAGCAGCACAAGGACAAUACUGGGGUGGAGAAAAUGAAGGAGGAUAAGGACCCUGAACUUGCAACGUUUGUUGUGGGAGAAGGGGACGAUGGUGGGGACAUGGACAUGGGUGUGGAUCUGAGUCUCGACGAGAGUGGAGUGCUGGAGGCUGAAUCGACUAAUGUCAGAUCACUCUCAGACAAUACUUUAGACUCAGAGUCCAUGUCUCAGGAUGUCCCAGCUGGCAGCAUGGCAGAGAGACCGUCAGAUGAAAGCCAGACAGGCAUCACAGAAGCUUCUGCUACCAACCAGGCUGGACUGUACCCUUCAGUGGAGGAGGACGAUAAACACAAACCAAGUGGCAAAAGGGUGACAUUUCCCUCAGAUGAGGAUAUUAUCUCUGGAGCAGUGGAGCCAAAGGACCCCUGGAGACAUGCUCAGAAUGUGACGGUAGAGGAAAUCCUCUCUUCCUACAAACAAGCCUGUCAGAAACUCAACUGUAAACCCAUACCCAAAGUGCUCAAACAGAUACAGGAACUGAAAGACCUGACUCAGCGAAAUGAAUGCUUAGAUCUAAAAGGUGAAAAGCUGGACUACAAAGCCUGCGAGUCUCUGGAAGAGAUUUUGAAGAGGGUCCAGUUUAAGGUGGUAGACCUGGAGCAGACCAACCUGGAUGAAGAUGGUGCAUCAGCUCUGUUUGACAUGAUCGAGUACUAUGAGUCAGCCACACAUCUCAACAUCUCCUUCAACAAGCACAUUGGCACACGAGGAUGGCAGGCCGCCGCUCACAUGAUGAGGAAGACGAGCUCUCUACAGUACCUUGAUGCACGUAACACUCCUCUGCUCGACCACUCGGCUCCCUUUGUAGCACGAGCACUCAGGAUCAGCGGCAGCUUGGCAGUCCUCCACCUGGAGAACGCUGGUCUGUCUGGCAGACCGCUCAUGUUACUGGCUACGGCUCUGAAGAUGAAUAUGAACCUGCGGGAGUUGUACCUGGCAGACAACAAGCUCAACGGCCUCCAGGACUCAGCUCAGCUUGGCAACUUGCUAAAGUUCAACUACAACAUUCAGAUCCUGGACCUGCGCAACAACCACAUCCUAGACUCUGGCCUGGCCUACGUGUGUGAAGGACUAAAAGAGCAGAGGAAAGGCCUCGUCACUUUGGUGCUAUGGAACAACCAGCUCACACACAAUGGCAUGGGCUACCUCGCUGCUGCACUGCCUUGCACCCAGAGUCUGGAGACUCUGAACCUCGGCCAUAACUCUGUGGGUAACGAAGGGGUCCACAAGCUGAAAGACGGACUGAUUGCCAACCGCUCUGUACUCAGACUGGGCCUCGCUUCCACCAAACUGUCUUGCGAAGGAGCUGUAGCUGUGGCUGAAUUCAUCGCUGAGAGCCCCCGACUGCUGCGUCUGGACCUUCGAGAGAAUGAGAUAAAGACAGGUGGACUGAUGGCCCUGUCGCUCGCCCUAAAAGUCAACACCUCUCUGCUGCGUCUCGACCUUGACCGGGAGCCCAAGAAAGAAACUGUGAAGAGCUUCAUUGAGACCCAGCGCGCCCUGCUGGCUGAGAUCCAGAAUGGCUGCAAGAGGAACUUCAUCCUGGCCAAGGAGAAAGAGGAAACGGACCAGAAGAUGAAGCAGUCAGCAUCCAUGGCUGAAAUCGCCACAGAGGAUGGGACCAGAGAAGAAGAGGAGGAAACAGCAGCAGCGGAGGAGAGUGGGCACAAAGAGGGAAAAGAGGGAGAGGCUGGAGGUGAAACAGCAGCAAAAGAAGGAGAGGCAAGUAGCCAGUCGGGAGAGAGCACUGAGACGAGCGCUCCUCAAAUGAUCCCAGAGUCGGACUCAGACACUGAGGAUGAGGAGGAACAGGAAGUGGUGACAAACUCCACUUCCAAUUCAAACUCCUCCACUCUCGUAAAGCAGACUGCACCUCAAACCCAGACAGGGGUUACACAGCCCCUCCUCAGUGCCUCACAUACGUCCUCACCCCCGUCCGCCUCACCUGCUGGCGGGCAGAGUGUCAUUUCCGGCAUCACAGUCACAGAAUCCACAGCUCCCCCUGGCACGCCUCCUUCUCCUGGUCGCUGUAUAUCUGUCUCUAGUCCAGGGAGGGGUCACAAGAUCUUCAUGGUAACUCGAGUGGAGAGCCCCCCUGAGCAGCAGCAGCAGCAGCAGCAGCAGCUACAAUUCAAGAUGAAAGCACCCGCAGCUCCCAAACAGGCUAAAGAGGCCUCAAAGAAGCCUGCAGACGUGAAUACACCCACAGCACAGCAGACACAGCUGCCGCCCUCAUCUCAAACACCUACACAAACACAUCUGACACAGGAGGACGUGAAGAAGGGCUCGCCUGCUCCAUCAGAAGACUAUAAACUGGCAGAGCAGAGUCCUGUCGCACACCUGGAGUCCGCACUAAAUACUACACUAGAAACACAGUCAACAAGUCAACCCACAGAGGAUGUGACAGCAAGCACUUUAGAUCCAGAAGUGACAGAUCUGAGUCAACAAACACCAGCCUUGCCUUCAAAUUCUUUCAAACCAGUGCAGGCUUCAGCAUUUCAGCUCCCUGAGGAGGUAACAGAGAACACUAAAAGCCCCCAACCUGAGCCUACUUGUGUAGAAGGACAGAAGGAAGGAGAGGAGGAAGAGAGUGUAGAAGGUGAGAGACAGGUGAGCACAGAAGGAGAGUGUGAACUGUUAGAUGAACUGAGUCAAACCCAGACCAAUAUAUCUGCGGCACAAACACAGCAGCAGCCGUUAACAUCUGCUCUUGAACAGCUACAGGAUGAGCUAGCAGCUGCGUCAGAGGAGAGCCGAUCACUGAACCAAAUAGAGGAGGCAGAAGAGGAGCCUCCUCCACUGCAGGAGACGCAGGAAGCACCAGCCAACUUGUCAGAAAAUGAAGAGCCCAGUUUAACAGAGAAAGAGGACAUCCAGCCAAGCCAAGAGGAGCCGUGUCCAAAGCAGCCAAUGGAGGCUGAUGAACAGGCAGUACAGCCCGUUCUCUCUGUUCAGACUGAUGAACAGGAAUCUGUCACUCAAGGUGGAGCUCAGGAGACAAAUCCUCAAGCAGGAGAAGCCUCAGAAAGUCCUGAACCUGCCACAACUGAGUCCGUCUCCCCGGUCAAAGACGAGGAUUCACCCGAUGAAAGCUCUGCAGACGAGAGCGAGUGUUUUGCCAAGGCGCCGGAGGAAGUAGUUAGUUCAGCUCUGCCCAACGGCCUGAAGCCUGAGUUCUCGCUCCAUCUUCUCGACACUGAAAGCCCCAAGCCUGGCAGCUGUGUGAUGGAGCACGUGAGUGUCAGCUGUGGACAAGAGCUGGAGGACCUGCUGCUAGAAGCCAGUUUGGAGACGGGGAGAGACGCACCAUGAGGUUGUGAGGGACAGUGAGGACAGGAACAAACAGCACCCAGACAGUUUGUACGGCUCUACAACAUGACUGGUUGCCCUACAAUGUUUUUGUCGUUUUUUUGACUUUACCACCAACACGACCUUUCCAUAAAGGACAGAAGCCCUGGUGUUACAGUUGAAGCUCUGUACGUGAAAAUACAAGAAACUCAUGGGAAGAAACAAAAGGACUGAAUCUGUUUCCAGAGCUUCACCGUGACAAAUAAGGAACCCUCAACAUCCACACUACAUCAACCACUGAAACACACAUACAUAUAUGCACAUGAGGAAGAGGUGGGGAGAGAAAUAAAAUCACCUGGUUAUCACUACAUUUUGUCAAUCUGCAAUCUUUACCCACAAGCAGCUGCCUGUGAGUGAGGACGAAGAGAGCUGGGGGAUAAACACUAACCAAAGACAGAACAUGGACCUCACAGCCCUCUUGUUGCUCUCCUGCGUAGAUUUCCACUGUAGUUCGGGAAACAACUAGAAAUUUAACGGGGUUUUUCUUUCACAACAUACACACACAAAGAUGUAACUCUGAUACUGAGACGAGUGGGAUUGAUGGCACAGUCACAAGACAAAGUAACGGUGAUGGACCCUGCUGAGCGGACCUGCUGGCUUUAAACACUUGUUCUAGAGGUGCAAAUAGUUCACUGUCAGAGGCUUUUAUAUCCGAGGAAGCUAAAGAUGUUAACGUGUCUGUUUAAAUGUCUACGUUUUUUGUCUGUGUCUCCACUCCCGAUCGUUUUUCCUCCUUCAGGGGGGGAAAAAACUCUUAAGGGACCUCUGCCAAAGUGACCUCCCUCUUCGUCUGUUUCCUCAUCCUCUGCUCACUUUGGCCCCUCAGGAAUCAGUGUCCCCCUCCAGUCAGCAUCCUCAGAUCUGAUGAGGAGGAGCUGCAACUGUCUCCCGCCUGCCUCCACUACAACAAAAAAACAAAGCUUUUUGAAAGUGAUAAAGUUGUUAAUUUUUCUCCCAGCUGAAAAACCCAGAACUUUUGCGAAUGUUGAAAAGCAAGACGUCUGCUUUUGGUUGAGUUAUUAACAGUAAAAUCAUCUUUAUUUUCCUGCAACUUUCAGACACUAUUAUUGCUUUGUUCGACCAGUCAUUGUUUCGUUAGACUCUCUAAAGAAAAGCAGCUCUGUCGUCAUCUCCCCUCUCCUUCCUCCUUCCUCCCUCUCCCUCGGUCUUCCACUGGUACUCUGUGCCAUCUCACCGCUCCAGCUCACCAUUCAUGUUGCCUUCAACACUCACCACUUCUGAUUCAGUCUUCGUUUUUUGUUUGGGCUGCUUUGAGAAAUCACUUAUUUUCUAUUUAUUUUAUAGCUAUAUGAGCCUUUUCUGAUUUAUUUCCCCACCUCUUUCCCCCCAUCCUCAUUUUAUCUUUUCUUUUCCAUUGUGGGGGUUGCUUUUAAAGAUUCACCCCAAUGUUUGAUGUAUAUUUCAGAUUCAGACUAGAGCAAAUAUUUAGUUUUGUUUUGAGGGAGUGGGGGAAGAGUAAUCUGUGUUGGAAGGAAAGGUAAAUAUGAUUGAAUGGUUGACUACAGAAGCAGUCGGGGUGCAGUAAUGAACACAAGGAAGCAGCAAUCAUAGUUGUCAUCUGAGUCCUUGUUGUUUUAACACUACUCUGCUGGGUGAAGCUGCAGCCACACGGGGGCGCUGGUGGUUGUGUUCUCCCUCAGAAGAGAUGGAAGCAAAGGUCUGAGCAGCAUCAUGUACAACACGCCGCAGGCGCCGAUGUUCCCGUUCACAUCCCAACUCCUAUCCUGAAUUUUCCAGAGCGAGGAUUUUAGCGAGCAAUUUUCCAUUAAAUGUCAACGUGUUGGUGAAGAGAGCUGCUUGGAUUAUUUCCUGAGGCAGACACAGGCGGAUGUGUUGUUUGUUUUUUUUCUUUUCCUCUUUAAAGGAGCAGCAUUCAAUCCUCCUGCUCCUCUCUCCACCCAACAGAUAGUUUGCCCCCACUGUUUGUUAUGCUUUAAUUUUUAGAAAUUUUUAAUAAUAAUUUGUUAACUUAAUUGAAAUGUGCUGGUAAUCACAAAGAUAUGUAUGGCGAAAUUUGUUCCUCUCAAAUAAAUGCAUGUAAUGACUAAA